CUCUCUUCAGGAUGUUUAUCAAGGAGUUCUGCGCUGUACCACCAUACCCAUACCAGGCCAUUGAACAAUGGUCCUGACGUCUCGCGUCUUUGUUCACGAUGCUGACUCGGUAUUUGCAAGACCAUUGUCACGGCUAUAAAUUCUUCAACACAACUUGUCUUUGUCCGAAGCCACCACUCAUUGUUAUCGAUGGGUUUCCGAGCCUCAAGCUCCAGCUUCGGUCGAUAUAAAGGGGCCGCCUUCUCCAACAUAUCCCCCUCACUUGAUAUACUAGUAACCUAAGGUUUUUCCCACGCUAUGGAUACAAGCUCAGUCUGCCGGAACUAUCUCAACGGAUAUUGCCCGCAAGGAGGCUUCUGUCAACUCUUCCACCCUCCAUUCCCAAUAGUCCCAGCCCAACUGGCAAACUGGGUGCAAUUCCCUCAGCCUAUCGUGCCCGUCGAGCCUGUAAACUGGUACACGGCCAUUUGCAAGCACUUCAAGCAAAAACGGCGGUGUCCAAUGGGUGAAGAUUGUCGCUUCAUACACGACGCAAGUGUGCUCAAGUACAAAGAACUCAACCCUCGUGCCUCUAACUCGGCUCGACAUUGCUGGUCGUAUGUUCAAGGCAAAGGAUGUACCCUCAAAACUUGCACGUUCUCCCACCCUGCGGAUACGCAGCCAUUUAAGAAGUAUACUCCGUGUCCCAGAUGGCCCUCUUGCAUGCCAAGCUGCGAAUUCAAGCAUCCUAUCACAGCUCAAGCUUCGUUCUACAAUCACGAGACGCCAAGUUUGUCACCAACCGAACCUCCUACACUGACUGCCGUCCGGAUACGAGUUGCACGAAAAGACUUGGAUUCUGCAUCAUCGCAAGAUAGGAACAAACAAUACCCUCAACACUCACUCGCAUGCGCGCGCGCGUCGGUGGUAAUUUGAAUCCUGUUUAUAAACUAGAAACCCAGCUGUGUAUAACUACAACAUGAAGCACGAAGUUCGCAACGCGAGAUGGUACAGUAUAUGUGAAUACAGAUGUGCGACUAGAAGAUUA